AUGUCCCGUAUUUCCUCAGACCCCUUUUAUUCGCUGCCAAGAAGGGGCAAAGUGCGCGGAGUUGGCUCGCCGUGGGAGACCCGCCUGGGCGGGAGAGGGGAGGAGACAGGGCUGAGGCGUGCUGCGGGAUGGAGACGCACAAACAGGAUACUGCAGACACACCGCGGCUCCGCGGCUGCAGCCCAGGCCCCUGCCCCUGCCCCCGGGGAAAUGCUAAUGUGCUUCUGUAGAAUCUGGCGCGUCAUUGGCCGAAGGGAAUUUGGUGCCACCUCGUCCAGCCGUUGCCAUUGGCUGGGCGCAAUCUGCUGUUCCCUCUGCCGCGAGCUACUCGCUCCCCCUCCCGUCUCUUUCUCCUUCUCGGCUCCUCUUCCCCCGGCCGCUGGCCCGGUGCCCGGCACCCUGCGGGCUCGGAGGCGCUCGGGAGCUUUCCCUCCGCACGCGGGAGAGGACCCGGUCCGGGAGUGGGGGGUGGCUACUCGCCCGGGACUGGCCCCCGACCGCGGGCGAACGCCUGGGCACCGGGGAAGUUUCCCUGGCAACAGUGGGGAAGCCCCGGGGCCGACCACUCCGCGCAGCUCGGUCCUGUCUUCGCGCGCCCAGAGACGCGUGGGAGGCGAGACGUGGCUUCAGAGCUGGGGUCCCGGGCAAAGGGGGCCGGCGGGGUCCCGCGUGGCUCCCCGGCGGGCGCGGGGCCGGGGGCCGCUGCGGAACAAUGGUCCUGCCCCGCCCACCAGCCCCGCCGCGCGAACCCGAGCCUGCGGAACCCGCGGGUUCUCGGGGCGGGCGGCCCGCACACAUGCCUGCACAUCCACGUCCCCUACCUCAUUCCCCACGAAUGCUAUGGAAAGUCCCAAGGGGCAAGAGCUCCAAACUAUGGGGAGAGGAGCCUGGGACAACCCUGCCUACAGUGGUCCCCGGUCCCCACAUGGGACACUGAGGAUCUGCACCAUCUCCAGUGUGACACCCCCUGAACCCCAGCCCAAAAAGCCUGAAGAUGGACCCGAAAAGAAGGCAUACAGGACCCUGGUGUCCAACUGCUGCUUCCAGAUCUGCCGUGGCAUCAGAGGACUUUGGGGAACAACCCUGACUGAGAACACAGCUGAAAACCGGGAGCUGUAUGUCAAGACCACCCUGCGGGAGCUUUUAGUAUACAUCGUGUUCCUGGUGGACAUCUGCCUCUUGACCUACGGAAUGACAAGCUCCAGUGCCUAUUAUUACACCAAAGUGAUGUCUGAGCUCUUCUUACAUACCCCGUCAGACACCGGAGUCUCCUUCCAGGCCAUCAGCAGCAUGGCGGACUUCUGGGAUUUUGCCCAGGGCCCACUACUGGACAGUUUGUAUUGGACCAAAUGGUACAACAACCAGAGCCUGGGCCAUGGCUCCCACUCCUUCAUCUACUAUGAGAACCUGCUGCUGGGGGUUCCAAGGCUACGGCAGCUGAGGGUCCGCAAUGACUCCUGCGUGGUGCAUGAAGACUUCCGUGAGGACAUUUUGAGCUGCUACGACGUCUACUCUCCAGACAAAGAAGAACAGCUCCCCUUUGGGCCUCUCAAUGGCACAGCGUGGACAUACCACUCGCAGGAUGAGCUGGGGGGCUCCUCUCACUGGGGCCGGCUGACAAGCUACAGUGGAGGUGGCUACUAUCUGGACCUUCCAGGGUCCCGACAGGCCAGUGCAGAGGCACUCCAGGACCUUCAGGAGGGCCUGUGGCUAGACAGGGGCACUCGGGUGGUCUUCAUUGACUUCUCAGUCUACAAUGCCAACAUCAACCUUUUCUGUGUACUGAGACUGGUGGUGGAGUUUCCAGCUACAGGAGGUGCCAUCCCAUCUUGGCAAAUCCGCACAGUUAAGCUGAUCCGCUAUGUCAGUAACUGGGACUUCUUUAUCAUUGUCUGUGAAAUCAUCUUCUGCAUCUUCAUCUUCUACUAUGUGGUAGAAGAGAUACUGGAGCUCCACAUCCACCAGUUUCGUUACCUCAGAAGCAUCUGGAACAUUCUGGACCUGGUGGUCAUCUUGCUCUCUAUUGUGGCUGUGGGCUUCCACAUAUUCCGAACCCUUGAGGUGAACCGGCUGAUGGGGAAGCUCCUGCAGCAGCCAAACACGUAUGCUGACUUCGAGUUCCUCGCCUUCUGGCAGACACAGUACAACAACAUGAAUGCUGUGAACCUUUUCUUUGCCUGGAUCAAGAUAUUCAAGUACAUCAGCUUCAACAAAACCAUGACUCAGCUCUCCUCCACGCUGGCCCGCUGUGCCAAGGACAUCCUGGGUUUUGCUGUCAUGUUCUUCAUUGUUUUCUUCGCCUAUGCCCAACUCGGCUACCUGCUUUUUGGGACCCAAGUGGAAAACUUCAGCACUUUCAUCAAGUGCAUUUUCACUCAGUUCCGGAUCAUCCUUGGGGACUUUGACUACAACGCUAUUGACAAUGCCAACCGCAUCCUGGGACCUGUCUACUUUGUCACCUAUGUCUUCUUUGUCUUCUUCGUGCUCCUGAACAUGUUCCUGGCCAUCAUCAAUGAUACAUAUUCAGAGGUCAAGGAAGAGUUAGCUGGACAGAAGGAUGAGCUGCAACUUUCUGACCUCCUGAAACAGGGCUACAACAAGACCCUACUGAGGCUGCGUUUGAGGAAGGAGCGAGUUUCAGAUGUACAGAAGGUCCUGCAGGGUGGAGAGCAGGAGAUUCAAUUUGAGGAUUUCACCAACACCUUGAGGGAACUGGGGCACGCAGAGCAUGAGAUCACUGAGCUCACAGCCGCCUUCACCAGGUUUGACCAAGAUGGGAAUCACAUCCUGGACAAGAAAGAACAGGAACAAAUGCAACAGGACCUCGAGGAGAAGAGGGUGGCCCUCAACGCUGAGGUUGAGAACCUGGGCCGGUCCAUUGUGAGUAGCCCACCAGGCGAGUUGUGUCCAGAGCCUACCAGAGCAGGUGGCUGGGUUUCAGGAGAAGAAUUCUACACACUCACAAGGAGAGUUCUGCAUCUGGAGACUGUCCUGGAAGGAGUCAUGUCCCAGGUAGAUGCUGUGGGCUCAAAACUGAAGAUGCUGGAAAGGAAGGGGCAGCUAGCUCUCUCCCCAGGCAUGGGGGAUCAAGGUGCUUGGGAACACCUGCAGCCAGCCCCAGCUAUGACUCCAGCCCCCUGAGGAGUCCAGGGUGGGCAGGAGAGUGGUGGGGCAGGGGUUCUAAAGCAUCAGACAUUUCCAGGAGAAAGAGAAGGGGAAGCCGUGGAAGAGAGGAGACUUUCUCAGGCCGUGCAGCAAGACCCAGUGGAGAGAUGGAGAAUCCCAGGGCUGCGAACCCGGGGGCGGGGGGGCAGGGCGGGACACGCCCGGCGCGCAUGCGCAGACAUCCACAACCGGAAGUAG